GUCACUGACAGUCCGCGGAAUGACGACUUUCGUGAAAAAGCAAGAAAGGUAUGUAAAAGGGGCUCCUAAGUCGAGGCGGAAAGAAACGAACUAACCGUUUCUAAUUGAUUCAGACGCCUAACUUCCAUGUACUUAAUUCCGACCUGUCGAAUGCACCAUUUAGCAUUUUCAAACCGAUCAGGUCUGCAGCUUCCUGUUGCUGUUAAGGUCUACUAGUAUCAUCAGCAGAUAAAAUUUGAAUCGCGAACGGAAAAUGCAAUCUGCAAAAUCACAAGCAACUUUCACAACCGUUUUAGCCUGGACGAAAAAAAAGUAACUCAUUUGUUAUUCAAAAGCAAGGUACUAAAGUGUACCUAGACCGCGAGCAGUCUCUAAUAUAGGCUGGGACCAGGAUCCCCAGUGGGGGAAAAAGGCAAAAAAAAAGGGGUCAAAUAGGAAAAAUAUCGGCGAGAGAAGCGAGUGGAGCGGUAGCCUGGUUCAUAACCCCAAUUACGCAUCCCUGUUUGUUAUGAAACUUGAGAAAUUGCUUGUCAACCAUCGUACAAUUUGAGAAGAAGCCAUCUGAUACUUAUACGUAUUCCAUCUUUUAGUAUAACAAAUAUCAUGAAAUAUUCAAUAGCCUACAGAGGGACAAUUAUAUGGAACCAUUUACCAGAAGAGUGCCGCAAAGCAGUAUCCCUUGGUAGUUGGUAUUCAUGACCAGAAUGCAAUUAAGGAUAUUGAUUUUAGUAACCUGUACAGUAAGAGUUAAUUUUUAAAAGUAUUUUAAGAUUUUUUAGUGUUUAACUUAUUUUAAUUGAAAAUUUGUACAAAUAUACAUCUUAUACACGACCCCUCGAGCUACUAAGCUUUAACCAUCAUCGCCUAUAAAUAAAGGUUUUGAUCGAUUGAUUUGAUUGUCAAUGACAAAAACACAUCCUUUUGUCAAACAAAUUUUCUCUCCCAAGCAUUACAAUACAUAUCAAACGUUAAAAACAACAAAAAAUGAACUUUGAAAAAUUGUUGGGCUAACAAGUUUUCAGAAACCACAAUUGCAAUCCGUUUUGCUCUUCUUAAGUUUCCAUCAGCGAAACUGCCCACCUACCCCUCCCCUAAGCCAACAUUAACACUACUCCUCACUUAAAUCAAAAAGUUGGCUUAGGGGAGGGGUAGGUGGGCAGUUUCCCAGACACGUACAAUGAUCCAAUUUUGAGUUAAUUUCGUGACAAGCUCCUUUAGGUUAGAGUACGCUUUAUAACUAAGUUUUGUACCUUCUGCUCAUCAUCACUUUCACGCCUUUUAUCUUUCUCAGUGGACUUUUCUUGCGGCCUCGAUGCCAGUCAUCUUUGGAUGUCUAAUUAUCUUCUUCCAGACCCAAACGUCUCUUUCCAAACAGUCGACAUAUGCUCCUGUAAUCGUAAUGGGAAGCGGCGUGUCCAUCAUGUACGUCAUGGCUUUAACACUUGCAACGGAACUUACUGGAAAAUAUAAGGUACAUGCAUGUAAGCUGUUACCAUACUAA